AUGAAUUAUACAAUUGAUAUUGAAACAUAUAGAUUGAAUAGAACACCAAAUUUCAUUCGCCUAAUCGAACAUAUUCGCCAAUGUAUUCGUAAACGUGAAAUAACAAAAGAACAGCAGCAAUGGCGACAUACAAAAAUUUAUUCAAUUCUUCAUUAUAUAGAAAAUAUAAAACGAUGUAUUAAUGAUAAUCCAUUGAUUAGUCAUGUACUUGUUCAAUUUUAUAAUAUAAUAAAUAAUUAUUCUUCACAAACAAAUCGAUUUUCUUCAACAAUUAUAUUCGAUAAUACAGAAUCAAAAAUAAGUUUAGAAGAAACAGCUUCAAUGGAUAAUUUCUAUACAAUUAAUCCGAAAUCAGAUCUAUCAAAAAUAAGUCUAACAAAUUCACAGUCAAUAAAAUCGACUACACAUUUUAUUCAACCAUUGCAUAUCUCUCAUCAAACGACGGGCUUAAUGACAAAAGCAACUCUGAUAGCAAUUAAUAAGGCACCACGUCAACGUACUAAACAUGAUAUUGAAAUAUUAGAACAUCUAUUAAAUAAUUGUGAUAAUCUUCGACACUUACCAACGAAUGUUCGUUCUUAUGCUGCUCGUUCACUUUUACUUUUAACUUAUCAUCCAAAUACGAUUUUAACUCGACAAAAUUUACCUUCCUUUCUUGUUUAUACAAUUGUUUAUGGUCAUUGUAAAUUAUUACUUGAAACUCAACAAACAACGAUAUUUGGUCAUCAAUUAAAUAUCGGUGAUGUAUACGGUGAUGAUUAUCGUUUAAAUGGUUUAAUUACAAAUGAAAGUACUCAUUGUAAUUUAAUAGUAUUCUUUUUAAGAGAUAUUAAAGCGUAUGAAAAUUAUCUGUCGGAUAUGAUGAAACAAUUAUUAUUUGAACAACUUCGACUACAAUCAACAUUUAAUUCUAUUCAAUGGAAAAAUGAUAUAUUAAAUUAUUUUUUGAAAUGGUCAAAAUAUAAACAAUAUUCAAUUGAUGAAAUCAUCUAUGGAAAUGAAGAAUAUGAACAUAAUAAUCUUUAUUUUAUUUUAUAUGGACAAGUUUCAUUUGUGCGUUUACUCGAGUUUCCAUCUAGAAUAUUUGAACAUACUCGGAAUGAUCAGAAAAAAGAUAUUAUACAAAUAUCGAAUUCUUCAGAAAAGAUCAACACUAUGAUAAAGAAGAAAAUUGAUUUUCAAACUAUGAAUAGAAAUUCUAAACUAAAAACAACAUGGCAUUUUCUUAAUGUAUUUACUCUUUCUGAUGGACAUUAUUUUGGAUUUGAAUCUACUACAAAUCAUGCAUGGUAUCUCACUCGAAGUACGGUAGAUAUUAUCUCAAUUCCAAAAAAUCGUUUUAAAGAAUUUGGUUAUUUUGCUCCAAUGAUAUAUGAUAAACUUCGUCAGGAUUAUCUAGAUAUUUAUCCAAAUGAAGAUUUUAUACGUAAUUUAUAUAUAAAACAUAUUAAAACAAAUGAAAAUGACAUGUCAACAAUAAAAAUCAAUAAUCAAAAACAACGAACAACUAUAAAUAAUCUUAAUAAAAUGAAUUGGAUUCCAGAACAAAAUAUUCUCAGUAUAAAAAAGAAAAAGAAAGAAUAA